AUGGGAAGUUUACUUUUGCUGUGCUCUUGCCUGGUGGCAUUGUUGAUUCCCAUCCAGGCACUAGUGGACAUCAACGUUGCAACGGCGAACGAUAUUCACCAUAAUCUCAAUAGAACAACAUCACCAUGCUUAAAUUUCUGGAAUUUUGCUUGCGGUGGCUUCUCUAGUGCCUCUGAAUAUAUAGACAACUUUGAACGGGUCGAGGAUCAGUUUGCCAAUGCCAUGGUGGAGUUCAUGGAGAGCCACUUGGGAGAAAACGAUACACUGGCACCCCGACUGAUAGGACAAAUGCGACUAUACUACAAGGCUUGCACGGAGGAUACGCGAAAGAUUCACGGGAAUGCUCGUCCACAAGAACUGGUUAAUCACUGGACUGUGCAUCCUAAGAAGUUCCUCGAAGACGGCUUGAAUGGUGUGUUCAUGGAUGAGCGAGUUGAUGUGGCCGCCAACGAUUCCAUGCGUUGGGUUAUUCAGAUUAAGAUGCCUGAUCCGGCUGCCAGAUAUAGUGACCUGCGGGUCUUGCAGCUCAUGCGUCUUUACGAAGAGUGGUACACGUGGGGAGUGGUUGAACUGGUGGAGAAAAUGCAUCAGCUUCAGGAUAAGUAUCGUGCAGAAAAUCCCUUUGUAUAUACAUGGAGUUACACCGAAUUAAGGCAGAAAAUCCCCAUUCCACGUUCCUUUUUUAUUGAAUUAUUGGGUGCAAAUCACACUGACGAGUUCGAUCGUCUGACUUUCGAGGUGAGUGAUGUGGAGUAUUUGCGGGAAUGUUUUCGCUUCCUACGGGAUUUCGCCAGUGAGCCCAAAGACACGUAUAUUCGAGCACGCCACUAUGUUUUAGUUGAGCAGUCGGAGCCUAGGGAGCGGAAUCCAAGAAGCUGCAUUCACCACAUGCGUGCCCAUCUUCCCCUGGGCAUGAACUACAUCUAUGAUCGCUUUAUAUACCAAAAUCGGGAGCAGGAUACCCGGAAGCUACAGGAAAUUGUAUCCAAUUUAAAGGCAACGUUUGGGGUAUACUUAAAUGCCAAUCGCCUGCAGCUUACGGCACACCAGUUGGCCUACGUCAGAGCAAAGUUGGAAGGUAUUCAGAUUAGAAUUGGAAAUUUACCGCUGGAGAAAUCUCCCGAAUUCUAUAACAAUCACUAUGAGAGUGCUAAUUUCACUGAGAAAAAUUUCCUGGCCAAUCUGCUUGAAGCAUUUACCCUACGAACCCGUCUCCAGAAUGAUGGACUGCUUGAAAGGAAUUCUCGAGUGGAUCUGCGGCACUACUACGUGAACGACAACGUGCGGAAAGCCCGUACUUCACCCUUCUAUGAGAACGAAAGGAAUACCAUAACCGUACCCAUGGAAUUUUUGCAGUGGCCCUUGUUCGAUCACCGACAGCACGCCAUCUUCCAGCACAGUCUUCUGGGAGCAGUCCUGGGCCACGAGAUGAACCACGCCUUCGAACAGGAAGGUAUACUCUUUGAUGUCGCCGGAAAUGAGUCACCUCUGGGCUUUGAGAUCCGGGAGUUGCAGGCUUUCCGGGAUGCCCUUAAGUGUGCGGAGGAGAAACCAUCCGUCUCGCUGAAAGAACGCCUGGCUGAUCUCAAUGGCCUGCAACUGGCCUACGAUUCCUUCUUUGGAUUGGCCCACGAUUCCCGGAAGUUCGAGUACCGUCCGUAUGCAUUUGAGCGGCAGUUCUCGGCUCCCCAGCUAUUCCACCUUAGCUACGCCCAGUUCUUCUGCGGAUCCCUGCCGCCGGUGAUUGCCCACGAUCGGGAUGAUGAGCGUGUGAACGUGAGCGUUGGCAAUUUGCGUCAAUUUGCAUACGACUUCAAUUGCGAAACGAGUCACUCGUCCAUCUGCGAAAUGUGGCGCCCAAGGGAGGAGGCUAAUUCAAAUCGAAAUGUGCAUCCAUAACACUAAAAUGUAACACGGAAUAUAUUGUGAUCAAAUGGUAUGGCUCGCAAUUGAUAUUUGUAUUUCCAUUAAAUUUAACAUUUUAUGCAGUCAUACACUGGAAAGAAUAAAUGCAAUUCCUUGUUAUAAAUAGAUAAGCAAACAAACGAAUUUGUACUAUUUAAUAACUUCCUGUAAUGAUUGUAUCUGCGAUAUUUA